AAGAGGGAAGCCGGGCAACGAGAUUCAACCCAGUAUGGACGGCAAUGAAGUCGAUGGUGAGGGAGCCGAAGGCAAGGAACUCCACGAUAAGCAGACCGAAAGUAACCAACAAAUUGAGCAUCUGUCCGACAACAUGGUAGACUGCAUUAUGAAAAGUGGAAUGGAGGUUUACUCAUCCGAGUUCGUUAGUGAUGAUUGUUUGGCUGAUGAUAGGUUGGGAGUAGAAACUGAGAUUUUGGUUCCGAAGGUUGGUAUGAAAUUUGACAGUGAGAAGGAGUUAUUUGAAUUCUACAAGAAGUAUGCUUACGAAAUAGGAUUCCCUGUUAGAAAAAGAAACUCUAAGAAGGGUGAUGACGGGGUUGUUCGAUACGUGAGCUUUACUUGUAGUCGAGAAGGACGACGGAAGACUAAUAGAAGUACUUCUUUGAAUCCUCCGCCAACGAUUGAAAUAGGGUGCAGAGCUAGGUUGACAACGUGUUCUGAUGCUCGUGGAAUAUGGCGAAUAAACGUUGUGCAGUUAGAACACAACCAUAAGACAAGCCCAUCUAAAUCUAGGUUAUAUCGAUGCAAUCGAGAACUUAGUGCACACGUUAAAAGACGGCUUGAGGUCAAUGACAUAGCAGGGAUCCCAUUGCAUAAGAGCUAUAACUCAACUGUAGUGGAGGCGGGUGGAUUCGAGAACAUGACUUGUGUUGAGAAAGACUGUAGGAAUUUCAUCGAUAAAGUACGGCGUUUAAGACUUGGUGAAGGAGAUGCUGCUGCAUUACAGAGUUACUUCUCGAAAAUGCAAGCAUGCAGUCCUGGUUUUUAUUUCAGUAUAGACUUGGAUGAGGAGUCUCGGUUAAGAAAUGUGUUUUGGGCGGAUAAUAGAUGCAGGCAAGCAUAUAAAGAAUUCGGUGAUGUAGUUACUUUUGACACCACUUAUCUGACUAACAAGUACGAUAUGCCGUUCGCUCCUUUCGUAGGGGUGAAUUACCACGGGCAAUCAACUUUAUUUGGUUGUGGAUUAGUUUCGAAUGAAGAUACAAAUACAUUUGUUUGGUUAUUUAAGACAUGGCUUGAGUGCAUGUGGGGUCAAGUUCCUGGUGGUAUAAUUACAGAUCAAGAUCGUGCCAUGCAAAAUGCAAUUGCAAUUGUGUUCCCCAAUACUAAACAUAGAUGGUGUUUAUGGCAUAUUCUAAAGAAGUUGCCAGAAAAGUUCGGCGGUCAUCGCGAAAAGGGUGCAAUACUGUAUGUCGUUCACGGUUUAGUAUACGAUACAUUAGUUUGUGAGGAGUUUGAAGAAGGUUGGUUGAACAUGCUUGCACAUUUUCAUUUGCAAGAUAAUGAUUGGUUGAACAGACUUUAUGAGAACCGAAGUCGUUGGGUACCAUGCUAUUUGAGAACUACAUUCUGGGCGGGUAUAUCAACCACCCAACGAAGUGAGAGUAUGAACGCAUUCUUCGAUGACUAUGUGCACUCGAAGAAAUCUUUAAAGCUAUUUGUAGAGCAAUACGAACGGGCUUUGAGAAGUAAAGUUGAAAAGGAAUUUCAAGCUGAUUUUAGAUCAUUCUCACAAAUGGUUCCUUGUGCUACUAAGUACGAGAUGGAAAAGCAAUUUCAAGAAGUUUACUGUGAAGUACUAUCUGCGGAGGAGUUAUGCGGGAUAGCGAAGUACGAGGUCCGUGAAGAUAUCAUCCUUGAGGAAGGGAGGAAGACAAAAAGAUUUACAAUUUCUUUUUGUAAAGACAACUGCGAGAUUGUGUGUAACUGUCAUUUGUUUGAGUUUCGAGGCAUCGUUUGCAAACACGCGGUCUCAGUUUUAAUUCGGAAUGAGGUGUCAGUACUUCCGAAAAAGUACAUUUUACGAAGAUGGAGGAGAGAUGUGAGUAGACCUUACACACGGGUGGCAACAACGUAUGAUGGUUUGGUGAGUACUCCUGAGCAGUUGAGAUAUGAGCAGUUGUGUGCUGCUCUAACUAAGAUGGCUGACUUGGUUGCAGUUGAUGAAGACCGUUCAAAGUAG